AAGAAAAUCACAAUCCCAGGUGAUAAUGGAUGUUGAUACUGUUGAAUCUUCAAAACUUGUUGCUACAACUACCACCACUACUACUCCAUCCACUCCAGAUAAAAGAAAAUCAAAAUCCCAGGUGAUGUUGAUUGUUUCUGAUAGAAAAAAAGAUGCCAUUGUCUCUAAUAGUAUUGAUGAAACUAUUUUCAAAAGAAUGAAUCCUAUAUUACAUUCCUCAAUUAUCGAACCAGGCUUCAAAAAACCAAAGAUGACCAUUUGGAAAUUGGCAAAAUUCAAUGCAGCAUCACAAACUACAUUAGAAAUUUAUUCACAUACACCUGAUGUUAGUGAUGGAAUCAAGAAAAGGUUGCUUUAG